UCUAAAAACGUCACUUCCGACUUCUCCUCUACUUCCUGCAUGUGCCGAUAAUAUGGCAGCGCCCGUUGCGAUUCACUUGGAAUUUGGUGGUGGAGCAGAGCUGCUUUUUAAUGGUGUAAAGGAACAUCAUGUGACCCUUCCAAGCCAAUCCGAACCUUGGGAUGUUAAACAGCUGCUGGUCUGGAUCCAACGGAACCUACUGAAGGAACGGCCCGAGCUCUUUGUCCAGGGAGACUCUGUGAGACCUGGGAUCCUGGUGCUUAUCAAUGAUGCAGACUGGGAGCUAAUGGGGGAGCUGGACUACCAACUACAAGACCAAGACAACAUUGUGUUUAUUUCUACUCUUCAUGGAGGAUAGCGAAUGAAUGAGAAUUACAAACACAUAUUCUUGACACCUCUGUAACAGCCUUUUCUUCACAUCAACUGCACUCACUCUGAACUUACCCCUGCAAACCCCCGCGCCCACUUCCCAACAACACGCCACCCCAUUGGACGCGGUGGGUGUGUUGUACUGCACCGACCGUGAUUGAUGUUGGUCCGCAGGAAUGAGUGGACAUUCAGAGAUGUGGAAUUCUAUAGACGUUUGCGUAGCAUUUAUUUUUACAAUCAGACUGGACAGGUGUAAAGGGAAGCUUCAUAGUAAGCUGUGGUUGUACUGGCCAGCUCAGGUGCGAGUCUAAAUACCUUCAGUUGGUGUGUAAACCUUCAUCUCCCUUCAUCCUCUCUCCAGACCAAAUGGCAUCAUCCUAGGACUUAGGGCCUACCACCUACAGUCCAUGAGAGCAGUAUAGAAACGUUUAACAGUCUGUUCAUAACACACUGUAAUGUGUUGUAAGUAUUUAUAAGGACAUUUUAGGUGUUUAUUAACGUGGUUGUCAACUAAUAUAACUUCCCCUAUAAAGACAUAUUUGAUCUGUUUUACUACAUUGCCAUCUGUUUACACACCAGCAACCACUUCUAGGGGAUUCACAUGUGGAGUUACAGUUCUUAAAAAUAAUUAUUAAACAAAAAUGGCCUUACAUCUGCUUUCAAUUGCAUUACAGUGCUUUAUACAAUGUUAUUGCUAGUUAGGGGGAUUAAGUGUUUCCAGAGAAAAGUUUUUUUUUUGUGAAUGACAUUUUUUUUUUCAACACGUUUAAUUAUUCUUAUUGCUUCAUAUGUUUUUCCUCACAAAUGGCAAAAGGAUUAAAAUCUUUUUUAAAGAAA